CUUAGCGUUCCCUGAGUGCCUUAACUUAGCGUUCCCUGAGUGCCUCAACUUAGCGUUCCCUGAGUGCCUCAACUUAGCGUUCCCUGAGUGCCUUAACUUAGCGUUCCCUGAGUGCCUUAACUUAGCGUUCCCUGAGUGCCUUAACUUAGCGUUCCCUGAGUGCCUUAACUUAGCGUUCAUUGAGUGCCCUAACUUAGAGUUUUAAUAAAGUUUAACAAAGCGCUGACAUCGUAAAUAUCUUCGGUAUAAAAGGUCGGGAAGGUCAAGAUGACCAAACUCCUUCCCCUGAUUCUCGCCGGAAUUUUGACCACGUUGCUCCAUGAAGCCCAGGCGAGCCUGCCUCCAGGCCCUGCUGUUGAUGUGCUUGUGACCCCCAAAGGCUCCAUGGCAUCGUGCAAGAAAACCAAAAGGUCGGUCGUGUUCCAGUCCAUCAAGUCUAAGAAGGGGAUCAUGUAUAACCGCGCAUACACUCACCCGGAGAUAUUGAAAUGCUUCGGAAGCUCCCAGCCGAGCGCGGUCACCUUCAGGGACUGCGUCAACGCUGCCGCCGUGGCCGGACACUCCACUUUGUCCUUCGAUGGUACCACCUGCUCCACCUACAACGCAACUGUCCCGAGUCAUACAUGUGCCGACCAGAAGGCAGCAGCGGCAAACUACAUAGCCAUCUACCAGGCCAACCCAACUCUGGUCAAGCCAAAUUUCGGAAAUUUCAAAGUGUUGACGGUGGCUGCGAACCUGAAGGCGAGUACGAAUAACAACUUCGACGUGACGUGGACUUCAAACGAUGGUGGCUGCAACUACCCCGGCUUCAUCGUCAGCUUCUCCGGCCAGGAAAAGUACGUCGAAGACACUCCACCGGGAACGGAAAUAUUGAACGUCCCAGGGUGCAGCACAAACGUCACCGUCUCCUUCGGUCUCCCCACCGGAGAGAAGUUCGGUACCACCGCCCAGACGGUGGUGACUACCAAGCCAGCAUCUCAGCGCAGAUGGCCGUUCAAUGUGGUGCCAGGAUUCACAAUGGAAGUCAACUUAUACCCGAACAAAACGAUCAGCGUAUCUUACGACGCUUCCCCUGGAUGCGGUAGCUUCACCCAGUUCAGCAUUGUGUUUAACAUCCUCUACACGGACGGCCGCCGUAAUCCGGAGCUCAUCUUCCCCAUAUCGGAACCAAAAGGCACCAUCAAGAUCGGCACAGGGGAUGUGAAUGAUAUUUGCCUGGCUAUCAUGCUCGUUAUCGAGUACACCCAGACGACGGACAGCAGAAAUGACACGGAUGACCAUCAGUUCUUUUUACCUCUCUACGGACUCUUUGAUGAAAAUCUGUACUCCUACGAAGUGAAUGGGUCCGAUGUCGUCUUCCACUGGCCUACUAACCUGACAGCUUACGACGUCUGUGGCGUCCUCCCCGGUACCACACUGGCAAUCAAGAAAUCGUUCGGUGGUGGCAACACUUUCACGGCGCCUAUAGCUGCUGGCAGCAUCACACUCACCAACCUGGCAUCUUCGCUAUCAACCCUUGUCACUGUGAUGGAUGCUAGCUUGAACAUCGCUCUGGCACAAGUCUACAUGACUCGACCUGUAUAAGGCGGUUCACUGCACUGGUUCGACAAUGGUUCCCUGCAGCGGUGCAUCACGAACCGCUCCCAAUGGGACCCUGCAUGCAUGCCAUGCCUAUAACAGUUUCAAAUCAGAAACCGUAGGCAGAAGUGAACCAGCCGGGUUGAAUAAAUAUUAUUGGUG